CCGCGCCCAAAGAAUUUUUGGAGAAAAAAAGAGCUCCCCGCCACUAUCCGUCUACAACCUAUGCGACGAGAUCUCCUUCGGCCUAACUAGUUAUUCUAAACACCACAAACCUGCAUACUUGACGAUUUAAUUUGUCACUCCAGCGGACUUCACUUCAUCAUGGCAUCUCCGGCGGUGUCCGUGGUCUGCGUGGGCAUGGCAGGCUCCGGAAAGACAACAUUCAUGCAGAGAAUCAACUCUCACCUUCACUCGAAGAAAACUGUCCCCUACGUGAUGAACCUCGACCCAGCUGUGCACUCCGUUCCCUUCGAAAGCAACAUCGAUAUUCGAGACUCGAUCAACUACAAGGAAGUGAUGAAGCAGUAUAACUUGGGUCCCAAUGGAGGUAUUCUGACAUCUCUCAACUUAUUCGCGACCAAAGUCGACCAAAUCAUUGCCCUCCUUGAAAAGCGUACCGCACCGAACCCCGAGACCCCCUCUGCAAAGCCGAUCGAACACAUUCUAGUCGACACCCCCGGCCAGAUCGAGGUUUUCGUUUGGAGCGCAUCUGGUAGUAUCUUCUUGGAGACUCUGGCAUCGUCAUUCCCCACUGUCAUCGCUUAUAUUAUCGAUACCCCUCGCGCCAGCUCAACCAGCACGUUCAUGAGCAACAUGCUCUAUGCCUGCAGUAUCCUUUACAAGACCAAGCUUCCGAUGAUCCUGGUCUUCAACAAAACGGAUGUCAAGGAUGCCGAUUUCGCCAAGGAAUGGAUGACCGACUUUGACAAGUUCCAAGCUGCCCUGCGCGAGGAGGAGGAAGCCGGUGCCUUUGGCGGCGAGGGCGGUGCCGGUGGAUUCGGCGCUGGCAGCGGAUAUAUGGGUUCUCUUCUGAACAGUAUGAGUCUGAUGUUGGAAGAAUUCUAUCGGCACUUGAGCGUCGUUGGUGUGAGCUCAAUGACCGGUGAUGGUGUCGACGAGUUCUUCGAGGCCGUUGAGACGAAGCGUCAGGAAUUUGAGCGUGACUACAAGCCCGAGCUUGAGCGAAAGAGGAAGGAGCGUGAAGAGCAAAAGUCUUCUCAGCGAGAAUUGGAGCUGGGUAAGCUUAUGAAGGACAUGAGUGUGUCGGGAUCAGCCAGCAAAGAGCGCAAGGGCCCCGAGGGCCCCGAGACUGUCAGCGAGGCCGAAGAUGAGGAGGAGGAUGAGAUCAUCAAACGAGGCCUGGCUGAUGGAGAGGACUUCAGUGAUGGCGAUUAUGACUAUGAUUACAGACCCAGUGCAGGCGAUGAGGAAGGCCUGUCCGAGCGGUACAAGCAGGCUCUGUCAGGCUCUCAGAGUGCUCCCUCCGAGGCAGACAGUAGCUUUACCCGGUACCUACGGGCCAGCAAUAUUAAUCAAUGAUCAUGGGUAUUUGUACAAGGAGUUGAUGUUUUGGGCUUCCUGGGUUUCGUGGUGUUCGCGGCUAUUGGACGCCAAUUCCAUACUAUUUCAUUGGCAAUCAAAUCACGUAUUGUUUUUAUCUGAAAAUAACAACGGAAAGAAUUUCCGAAAGAAUUGUUAAGAGUGUAUCAAACAGACGGCGAGCAUGGCACCCCAGAGUACAG